AUGCUUCAGUGGAGGAGAAGACACUGUUGCUUUGCAAAGAUGACCUGGAGUGCUAAAAGGUCUCUGUUCCGGACCCACCUUAUGGGUCUACUUUCCCUAGUGUUUCUUUUUGCUAUGUUUUUGUUUUUCAACCAUCAUGACUGGCUACCAGGUAGAGCUGGAUUCAAAGAAAACCCUGUAACGUACACUUUCCGAGGAUUUCGUUCUACAAAAAGUGAGACAAAUCACAGCUCCCUUCGGAACAUAUGGAAAGAAACAGUUCCUCAGACUCUGAGGCCUCAGACAGCAACUAACUCCAAUAACACAGAUCUAUCACCACAAGGAGUUACAGGACUAGAGAACACACUCAGUGCCAAUGGAAGUAAUUAUAAUGAAAAGGGUACUGGACAUCCAAACUCUUAUCAUUUCAAAUAUAUUAUCAAUGAGCCUGAAAAAUGCCAAGAGAAAAGUCCAUUUUUAAUACUAUUAAUAGCUGCAGAACCUGGACAAAUAGAAGCAAGGAGAGCUAUCCGGCAAACGUGGGGCAAUGAAAGUUUGGCACCUGGCAUCCAAAUCACACGGAUUUUUUUGUUGGGCAUAAGUAUUAAGCUAAAUGGCUACCUUCAACAUGCAAUUCUAGAAGAAAGCAGACAAUAUCACGAUAUAAUUCAACAGGAAUACUUAGAUACAUACUAUAAUCUGACGAUUAAAACACUAAUGGGUAUGAACUGGGUUGCGACAUACUGUCCGCAUAUUCCAUAUGUUAUGAAAACAGACAGUGACAUGUUUGUCAACACUGAGUAUUUAAUACACAAGUUACUAAAGCCAGAACUGCCUCCUAGACAUAACUACUUUACUGGGUAUCUAAUGAGAGGAUACGCACCUAACAGAAACAAAGACAGCAAAUGGUACAUGCCACCAGACCUUUAUCCAAGUGAGCGUUACCCUGUAUUCUGUUCAGGAACUGGUUAUGUUUUUUCUGGGGAUCUAGCAGAAAAGAUAUUUAAGGUUUCUUUAGGCAUCCGUCGUUUGCACUUGGAAGAUGUGUAUGUAGGGAUCUGUCUUGCCAAGUUGAGAAUUGAUCCUGUGCCCCCUCCCAACGAGUUCGUGUUCAAUCACUGGCGAGUUUCUUACUCAAGCUGUAAAUACAGCCACCUAAUUACCUCUCAUCAGUUCCAGCCUAGUGAACUGAUAAAAUACUGGAACCAUUUACAACAAAAUAAGCACAACGCCUGUGCCAACGCAGCAAAGGAAAAAGCAGGCAGGUAUCGGCACCGCAAACUACACUAA